CCUUAGCUCUCUUGUUCACUCAUCAUAGCGGCAAAGGAACGAUCUUCCUGUAGUCUGCAGCCUUUGAUCCACGUUGAGGCGACUGAGUCGAAGCUUCUUGGCUGAUCUCUACCUGGAUUCGCUGAGGAGAGCCCUGCCUCAACUAAAACACGAGGCACUUCGUGAAGGGGGAAAGGACAAAAGAUUUUUCCUUAAAGCUGCUAAAACAAUUUGAGGUUAAGGUUUCCGAGCAGAUUUGGCGUGGUCCUCGAAGCUUUCUGAAUUCUCCACGAUCGAUUUUCAUAGGGGAUGCGUUGCUUCUUCUCUUGCUUCCGCGUGUAGGAGGACGACGAUCGCUCAGCUCCCUCGCUCCAUUCCCUACCAGAAACCCCCGAAAUGGAGAAGUCAUCAGGAUAUGAUUACGAAGUAUUUUUGAGCUUUAGAGGACCAGACACUCGUUUGGACAUUGCUGAUUACCUUUACGUCAGCAUGAUUGAUGCUGGAAUUCGGGCAUAUAGGGACAAUGAAGAGCUCCGUACCGGGGAAGAGAUCGGUGGCCAGCUUCUCCAAGCUAUUCAACACUCUAAGAUCUCAAUACCAAUCUUUUCUAAAGGAUAUGCUGAUAGUCCAUGGUGCCUCAGGGAGUUGGUCAAGAUGGUGGAGAGCAAGAACACAGGGGGACAAAAGAUCAUAUGCCCAUUUUCUACAAUGUCACGCCAUCUGAGGUCAAAUACCAGAAUGAGCACUACGGCAACGCCAUUGUUUCUCAUUUAAACAAGAAGCGGUUCGAUGAUGAGACUAUCAACAACUGGAAGGCUGCUCUUAAAGAGGUUGGAGAACUAAAAGGAUGGGAUCUCCAUAGCAUGUUAAACAGGUAUUUAAUUAUAUCACAUACAAACUGUUUGUUCCGGAUGCAUUAUUUUGCUCAGCUAAACCACAUGUCUUGAUGCUAUUUCCUCCAAUACUAUCAGAGGCAAAGGUGAAUUUGUGAAAGAAGUUGUCAAUGAUGUUUUGACUGAGUUGAAAACUGCUUACUUGGAAGUAUCCGAUUGCUUUGUCGAAGUAGACAAUCAUGUGGAUGAAAUCAUGAGGAUGAUAGGUGCACACAGCUGUGAAACAAAGAUUGUUGGAAUCCAUGGUAUGGGUGGUGUGGGAAAGACGACUCUUGCCAAAAUAGUGUACAAUCAACUUUCUAAUGAUUUUGUUAAUUAUUGCUUCCUUUGUGACAUUUGAAAAACAGAGAUUACACGCUUGCAGAAUCAGCUCUUAUCAGACAUCCUUAAAAAGAAAUGGCCUGAUAUAAACAAUGUCAUGGAAGGGAAAAAGGAGAUAAAAGAAAGGUUACGCUCUAAAAAAGUGAUUCUUCUACUUGAUGAUGCUGAUGAUGCAAGUCAACUUGAUCCGCUCGUGCAGAAGCAUGAGUGGUUUGGCAAGGGAAGCAAGAUUAUCAUUACAACUAGAGAUAGAUGAAUUCUCAAUGUUGAUGAGACUUACAAACUUACUGGCAUGGAUUUUGAUCAUUCUCUUAAACUUUUUAGCAAACAUGCAUUUAGAAGAGAUUAUCCCCUAGAGCAAUACAUUUCUCACUCUGAAAGGGCAGUAAAUAUGUGUAACGGUCUUCCUUUAGCUCUUGAGGUAAUAGGUUCUCUUUUAUCUGGAAAAAGCGAAGAGGAGUGGGAUGCCACAUUAAAGGAGCUAGAAGAAUCUCCUCAAGAGAAUGUUAGAAAGAAGUUAAUGAUCAGCAUUGAGGCCUUAAAUGAAAACCAAAGAAAAAUAUUUCUCGAUGUUGCUUGUUUUUUCAUUGGAUAUGGUAAAAGAAUUGUGAUUCACUUGUGGGAAAGUUGUAAGUUUCUUCCUCAUCAAUCUCUUGGAAUCCUCAAGCAAAGAUCUUUGAUAAAGAUUAGAGACGAUAACCAAAUGUGGAUGCAUGAUUGGUUAAGAGAUAUUGGAAGAACUUUUAUAGAAGAAGGAAGUGAUAUGAAACCAGAGAACCGGCAAUGGGUGUGGACUCAUGAGCAAGCAUUGGAUGUUUUAGAGAAAAUGCAGAGUGGAGGUGGUGUUCAUGGAAUUGGAAGCAUUGAAGCAUUAUGUCUUGAGCUUCUUGAACUAACUAGAUACUCCUUGAUGAAAGAAUUCUUAGAAAGUCUUUCAAAUCUAAGGUUCCUUCGAAUGGACUCUAACUUCAAAGAUCCAAUCUCACUAUGGUUUUUGAGGAGACUAACGAAUGGUCGUAUAAAAAAUAUUUGGAGGUCAAAUUUUCUUGGACCUAGAAUUUUAUCAUAACCUAGGCCCGCUUAUCCUUCCGGAGUCGAGAUUUAUCCUUCCGGAAUUGAGAUGGCUAUCAUGGAAUAACAUCCCUUAUUCUAUUAAAUUGUCUCAUAUUUCCAUGAGGAAGCUAGUAAUCCUUGAUUUCUCAAGAAGUAAAAUCGAGGCAACAUGGCAUGGCUGGAGCCACAUCAAGUUGGCAGAGAAUUUGAAGGUCCUAAAUCUGUCUAGAUGCGAGCUUUAUAAAACUCCAGAUUUGUCUUCUCAUAAGAAAUUAGAGCAACUGAUUUUCGAAGGAUGUGAGUGUUUGGUUGAAAUUGAUUCGUCCAUUGGUCACCUUAAAAACUUAGUCUUCUUAAACUUGAAGGACUGUAAAAGUCUCCAAAAGCUACCGGACGAGAUGGGGGCACUGGAAUCUUUGAUAGAACUUCUUCUUGACUCUACGUCUAUAAAAGAGAUCCCUGAAUGGAGAAGGAUGAAGAAUGUGAAAAUUCUUAGCUUGGUCAAUUGUACAUCAUUGAAUAAAUUCAGUUUCGUUGGUUGCUCAGCAUCAGCAGCGAAGCUCUCAUUAGUGGAUAACCAUUUCAACUCAUUGAUUGAGUUAAAUCUAUCGAGCACUGAUGUUAGGGUGUUACCAAAUUCAAUUGGGUAUAUGAAGAAAUUGAAAGUGCUAAAGCUACGCGAUUGCCCCAUAAGAAAACUACCGGAUGACAUUGGAAUGUUGGAGAAGCUCGAACAGCUAGAGGCAGGGGGAAUAUAUCCAAUAGAAUUGACAAAGAUUCUCAGUGAUAUUGGGAAGCUACCAAUUUUGAAAAUAUUGGUGUUAGCAAACUGUGAAAUUCCAACGAUGCCUCAGCUUCCAGAAAGUUUGAUUGCACUAUCCAUUCAAAUAGACUCAAUGAAGACAAUGUCAGACCUCUCAAGCCUAUUAAAUUUGAGAAAUUUGAAGUUGAAAUUAACAUUUGAGCAUCCUUUAAAACUUGAAGUAGAUCCAAGUUCUUGGGGGAUUGGAAGAUUAUGGAUGCUUGAGGUCUUGCACUUGAGUUGUCCUGAUAUUGAGACCUCAUCUUUCGAUCUUGUUCUUCUUUCUAAGUUGAAGAAACUCUUUAUCCAUUGCGCCAAUUUGCAAUGCCUACCUAGGCUUCCGACAAAUUUGUCAUACUUACAUAUCUGGUUUUGCCAUAAAUUAAAAGUGACAAAUGGUUUUUCCAAUCUAAAAGCAUUAUCAGUUUUGGAAAUUAAUUCUUGUAAGGAGCUAAUAGAGAUUGAAGGCCUUGAAGGCUUGGAGAACCUGAGAACAUUAAAGCUCCAGUUUUUAUCACUAGCGAAGUUGCCUAAUCUAACUAGCUUGAAGAAGCUUAAGGUAAUUAAUGUGUUUUGUUGUUCUGAGUUGGUAGAGGUUCCAGAUUGUCCAGAAUCAUUGGAGAUACUUGAGAUUGAAUUCUGUCCUAGAGUACAAAAGUGGCCUGAUCCAUCAAGAUUGAACAAUCUGAAAGUUCCACUUCAAUGUAAAAUGGAACGGAGUUGAUUGCAAUUUACAAUCUUUUUCUCUUCUUCUUUUUCCAGUAAUGUUCACGUUUAUCUUUUGAAUAUUUCAGAUUAUAUAUCUUAACAAGUGUGGUCUCUUUGGUUU